AUGUGCAUCACUGUUAGCAAGAAAAAGGAGAAUCUAUUGAAGGAAAAGGAGACACUCAUUGGCGAAGUGGAGACUAUGCAUCAACGCAUGAAAAACAUGUCAAUUUACAUGGAAGAACUUGAGAAAAAAAGUAGUGAGGUCGAGCAAAAGAUGACGGAGAUGCAGGAAACUAUUUGUAUACAGAUGAAUGAAAUUUCACGAGAGAAAAUAAUUCGGGACAGAGCGGAAACGGAGGUGCAACAACUUCAGGAAGCAAUAAUCUUAAAGAAAAAUGACCUCGAGACUGCAAACGCAUCUAUUGAGGCCAGCGCGAAUAACAUUACGAGGUUAGAGAGUUUGAUAAAAGAUCAAAAAAUAGCAGAUGAGAAAAUGCAAAAGGAGAUGAGCAAGCUUGUGGUAAAGAAAAUGAAUUUGCAAACAGAUCUUGAUAAUGCAAUUGUUGAGAUAGAAAAACUAGAAAAAGAACUCUCUGAUAAAGAGAAGCAGAUAAGAAACAUUAAGUACGAGCUUAACAGAACAAGAGAAGACAGCGCCAAAUACAAGCAUGAAAAGGAACUGAUAGAUAAGAGAUUGAUGAAAGCAGAAUCUGAGCGGUCCAAGUUGGAGCGUGAAUUAAAGCAAGCUUUGAUCAACGUCAAGAACGCCGAACAAAAUGUUCAAACUUGUCGCAAGGAACAGCUCGAGGACAAGCAACGUGUCGAAAUUCUGUUACGAGAGAAGAAUACCAUCGCCCGUAGUAAGGAGACUGCAUUCGAGCGAAUCAAGCGAUUAAAUCACGAGCUAUUGCUGUGCGGACAUAGUAAGAAGAAGAUUGAACAUGAAUUGGACACACUAAUCCAAACCAUUGAUGAUAUGAAAAAGCAGAUGGAAGUUGUAGAGAAAGAAAGGGAUAGAUAUAGCUUGGCGGUACAGGGAUUAGAACAGCAGGUAAAGUAUAAAAUAUUUACAGAGUACUAG